UCACCGCCAGGUUAUUCAACUCCAUCUCCACCAAAUUAUCCAGGACCGUCUCCACCAAAUUAUCCAGGACCAUCUCCACCAAGUUAUCCAGGACCAUCUCCACCAAGCUAUCCAGGACCAUCUCCACCAAGCUAUCCAGGACCAUCUCCACCAAGCUAUCCAGGACCAUCUCCACCAAGUUAUCCGGGACCAUCUCCACCAGGUUAUCCGGGACCAUCUCCACCAAGUUAUCCAGGACCAUCGCCACCAAGUUAUCCAGGACCAUCGCCACCAGGUGGUUAUCCAACACCAGGUUAUCCAACACCCCCAGGUCAUCCAACACCUCCAGGUCAUCCAUCACCACCAGGUUAUCCAUCUCCACCAGGUUAUCUGGGACCAUCUCCACCGAGUUAUCCAUCACCAUCACCACCAGGUUAUCCAUCACCAUCACCGCCAGGUUACGGUCAGCAACCCAGUCCCCCAACCCAGUGGAGCCAACAAGACGACACUUACUCUAGCAAUGCAGGAUUCUUCAAGCGACACGGAUUCUUUUAG